CUCCUCAUCCGGUGCCAGGAGAUAGGUCAGGCGGGGAGGCGUUAACUAGCCCUCUACUCCUUUGCCAGACCCCGAGGCAGCUGCAGUUCCUUCUCCAGCCGGCCGGCCCAUCUGCACUGUCAGGCAAGCUUCAAGCUGACCCACGACUUGCGCUAAGCCCCAAUUGAGCCGUGGCAUCCGGGAAGCGGAGGGAGCCAGUCUAGAAACUUCAAGUGUGAGCGGUGGAGAAGCUGCUGGGCAGAGCUCAGCCUCAGAGCCUAGCUGCUGGCAUGCGGUGUGUGACCGGACUGCAGACAUCUGGCUCUGCUCUGCUAGUGCUCUGCCUCCACCCCUGACGCUGAGGUUGAGAGUAGACGAAACUCCCUCACCUGUCGGAACCCGGAUCUGGCGGUGGCGGGAAGGGAGCUGGCGGCCAGUGCCUGUUGGUUACAGCAAGCUUGGCAAGUGGCCCUACCUGCACCAGGGCGCCACCGCCAAGGAGGCAGGUGUGAGACUGCUCUGCGCCCCAGCCUCUUGUUGCUCUCCUUUGUCCCCAGGCACCAUCGGCUUGGGGUAGGUCUUCGGGUAACUCCUGCAGGACGCCAAGGCUGCAGGUUCGAGACGCCCCGCCUCCUCCUAUCACGUAGAGUCAUCAGUGCUGGAGGAAACUUCCAUUCAGCAAAAGUCUAAGGGUUGUGGUUUUUCGGAACUUUGCAAACGGACUAGCUGGCCCUUUAUCUGUAAGCCACGCCACACCUGCUGCUAGCUUGCAACAGCCUACAGUCCUGGAGAGACCACUCUUGCAGGGGCACCGACGCCCCAACUUUUGAUUCGCGUUGUGCGUAGCCUACCUGGAUACCUAGCUAAGGUGUCCCGGGAGGCACAUCUUUUGAAGACAGCGCCGCUCACACCGCCCAGCUCGCUCUUCUCUCCCUCCCAAGCGCGGGGUUGGACGCCUGAUCCGGGACCACACAAGCGCUCAGGACUCGCCGGACCUUGGAACCGCCUUCGAGAAAUCCUUAGCCCAGGAGGUCCGAGCCUCUUACUCCACACCACAGUCGGUUCAGGUGGUGUCCUCUUCAGAUCCUGCGUCUGGCGCGGAUAAUCCGCGCGGCCGGGCGUUGAGCUCCAGAUUCCUGUCGCUCCGUCGAGGUGGCAAAAGCCAUGGCCGGCUGCUGCUGUCUGUCUGCGGAGGAGAAAGAGUCGCAGCGCAUCAGCGCGGAGAUCGAACGGCAGCUUCGCCGCGACAAGAAGGACGCGCGCCGGGAACUCAAGCUGCUGUUGCUGGGAACUGGUGAGAGUGGGAAAAGCACCUUCAUCAAGCAGAUGAGGAUAAUCCAUGGGUCUGGCUACAGCGAUGAAGACAGAAAGGGCUUCACAAAGCUGGUUUACCAAAAUAUAUUCACGGCCAUGCAAGCCAUGAUCAGAGCAAUGGACACCCUGAGGAUACAAUACAUGUGUGAGCAGAAUAAGGAAAAUGCCCAGAUCAUCAGGGAAGUGGAAGUAGACAAAGUCUCCGCCCUCUCCAGAGACCAGGUGGCCGCCAUCAAGCAGCUGUGGCAGGAUCCAGGAAUCCAGGAGUGCUAUGACAGGAGGAGGGAGUACCAGCUGUCGGACUCUGCCAAGUAUUACCUGAUGGACAUUGACCGAAUUGCCAUGCCCUCUUUCGUGCCAACACAACAGGAUGUGCUUCGUGUUCGAGUGCCCACCACUGGCAUUAUAGAAUAUCCAUUUGACCUGGAAAACAUCAUCUUCCGGAUGGUGGAUGUUGGCGGCCAGCGAUCUGAACGACGGAAAUGGAUUCACUGCUUUGAGAGUGUCACUUCCAUCAUUUUCUUGGUUGCUCUGAGUGAAUAUGACCAGGUUCUGGCUGAGUGUGACAAUGAGAACCGUAUGGAGGAGAGCAAAGCCCUGUUUAAAACCAUCAUCACCUACCCCUGGUUUCUGAACUCCUCUGUAAUUCUGUUCUUAAAUAAGAAGGAUCUUUUGGAAGAGAAAAUCAUGUACUCUCAUCUAAUUAGCUACUUCCCAGAGUACACAGGACCAAAGCAAGAUGUCAAAGCUGCCAGGGACUUUAUCCUGAAGCUGUAUCAAGACCAGAAUCCUGACAAAGAGAAAGUCAUCUAUUCUCACUUCACAUGUGCUACAGACACCGAGAAUAUCCGCUUUGUGUUCGCUGCUGUCAAAGACACAAUCCUACAGCUAAACCUUCGGGAGUUCAACCUGGUGUAAACGGAAAGGCCUGCUCCUCUCAGAUGGAGGGUGAUCUGGAGCUGUUCCAGCCUGAUCUACAAAUGCCUGGACCAGGACCUAAGGACAUUAUGUACCCACAGGGACAGAGAUGGGUAGUGCAAUGUGAAAAAUACUUUACCAACCUUUUAAGUGUCUUUAAUUUUUGAUUGUCUAGUUCUUUUCUUACCUUUGGCUGAAAGAUUAGGUAUAAUUUUUAAGUGAUUUCCCCUUUUAAACUAGUGUUCAGCAGCUACUAAAAAUCACGAAACAGAGGGACUUGUUAAUUUACAAAUCAUGCCUUCAGACCUCUGAGAUCAUUUAGGUGACUAAAACAACUUUAUAGGCUUGAUAAUUUUAAAAUAAAUCUUUUAAGAAGCAUUUCUAACAUUUCUUUCCCUUAAUACUUUAGUGUGACUCAUGUAACAAUUUACUAAACAACCAAAGACUUCUUUCUAUGCCUUUUUGGGGAUUAUUUUUUAUUUUAAAAACAGGGUCUUAAAGUAGCCCAGGCUGGCAUCCAAUUCAAAUUUGCUGUGUAACUGAGCAUGGCCUUGGUCAUCCUGCCUAGAUGUUCCAUGCUCAGCUGGGAUUUUUUCUUUUGAGACAGGACUUCACAUAUUCCAUUCUGGUUGCAAACAUACUCUCUGGUCAAGGAUGACCUUGGACUUACGAUUCUCUUGUCUUCAUAUGUACAACCUAUUUAAGGCAGUUCUCACACUGUUGCUAAUUCCUAGCAUUAAGAGCUCUCAAACAGUGUGAUUUUUCAUUGAUAUUUACAGGUUAGGAAUGCUUAGAUUUAUGUGUCACAUGAUCAGUUUAUGUGAUGCUUGGGAUGGGCUUUGUACAUGUUAGGCCAAUGUUCUGCCAAUGGAGCUACACCCCAAGCCAAAGAUUUCUUUUAAAAAGCAGUUCUUUUCAAGUCAACUUUCUAAGCCAAAUUAAUAUUAUCCAAACAUUAAUUUUGCCACAAUUUGAUAAAACCAACUCUGACAUAUAAGUGGACUUUAAAAGACUGCAUGUGUGUGUCCCCUAAUGUGCAUGGCCAGGUCUUAUAGCUUAUGGAAUGGCUAAAGUAGAACUUGUUUAACAGAUGUUAUGUAAACCUUGCCAAAGCUCUGAUGGCAAUCAAAAAUGUGCUGUUUGAACUGUGUACACUGCGCCUUUCUGGAUACUAUGAAUACACUGUUCUACCCUGAACAUCGCUGAUGAUGUGCUUCUUAGAGCUCGUGGCUGACAGUUCUGUUCAAAAGAAAAAUGCUACAGUCUUAACAACUCAGCAGCUUUCCUGCUCCCCCCUUUGAAAGUCUUUACUCACCAUGGUGUGCUGGAGCUCCUUCGUGGCUCAGUAAAUGGUGUAGGUUCUGAUUCCCAGGAAGCCAAGUACUUCAUACUUAAGGGCUCGCUUGGGUGGCUUUGCUUGGACUGCUUACCCAGCAGUAUGUCUGUACUUACCUAGACGGAUCCACCUCUCACCAGUCUCAGAGGUCCCCAACUUAAAAUGGCUCAGCAUUUACGACAGUGAGAAAGUGAGAGAGAUCCAACGGAAACUGCACUUUGAAUUAUGAUCUCUUCUCAAGCUAGUGGUUUUUGGCCUGGUACUCUCUGAAGAUGAUGGGCAGUUACAAGCUGCAGCUCCCAGUCAGCCAUCCAUAGCAUCAUGAGGGGAAGCACGAACUUCUCCGUAGUAUACUGGAGGUCCCAGAGGGUCAGUAGACUACGUGCACUUUCAGCUUCAAUGCUUUUGGUCAGUGUGGGCUUGCUUAGUUAAGCCUCAGACUGGCUACAUCCACUGCAGAACCACAUGGCUUAAUUCCAAGAGCUGAAAUAAGUCAUUCUUUCACCCAGAGACUGGACCUCCAGAUUGUCAAUUUGUUGGAACAAUUGCCAAGUGUGAAACCAUUCUACCAAAGAAGCAUUAUAUUUAAAAAGUCAGUCUUCAGAACACACGAUUCCAGCCAAAAAUGUGGCAGAGGAAGGCCUUGUUGGGUAUCAGUGGGAGGAAUGGUCCUUGGUCACGUAAAGGCUCAACAGAUGCCUGAACAAAGGGAA